AUGGUUUAUUUAUUUAUUUGUAUAUUCAAAGAAAAAUAUAUAGAUUCUGGUCAGGAUGGAGAAUGUUUAGGAGAACAAUCGGGAAUGCUUUAUGGAGAAUAUUUACAAUUGGAAAAAAUUCUUAACGCUCAAACUCUAUUAAGCGAACAACAUAAUCGAACGGUUCACGAUGAACAUUUGUUUAUAAUAACACAUCAAGCAUACGAAUUAUGGUUUAAACAAAUAAUUUGGGAAGUUGAUUCCGUUAGAAAUCUUUUUGGAUUUUCCGAAACAGUCGACGAAGGUAAAACUUUGGAAAUAUUGAAAAGGUUGAACAGGAUCGUACUCAUAUUGAAGCUUUUAGUCGAUCAGGUUAUGAUUUUGGAAACGAUGACGCCACUGGAUUUUAUGGAAUUUCGCGAUUAUUUAUCUCCAGCAUCCGGAUUUCAAAGUUUACAAUUUAGACUUUUGGAGAAUAAAUUAGGAGUUAAAUUAGAUCACAGGAUGAGAUACAGUCAAAGAUAUUCAAAAGUAUUCGAUAGAGAUCCGGAAGCUGUGGCGGCGAUAAAAAAAUCAGAAACUGAACCUUCACUUGGAAAAUUAGUAGAAAGUUGGCUGGAAAGGACUCCAGGACUGGAAACGGAAGGUUUUAAUUUUUGGAAAAAAUAUAAAGAUGCCGUCGAUAGAAUGUUGAUGAAUCAAUCAGAAGCAGCUGAUAAAAUAACAAACGAAGAUGAAAAAAAAAGGAGUCAAUCGGAUGUUGAAAGAAAAAAAGAAAUGUUUGCAUCCGUUUUCGAUAAACAAAUCCACGAUGCUUUCGUUUUAAAAGGAGAAAGAAGAUUUUCACAUAAAGCAUUACAGGGAGCCAUUAUGAUAACUUUUUAUAGAGAUGAACCACGUUUUAGUCAACCGCAUCUUCUAUUGACACUUCUUAUGGAUAUCGAUUCGCUAAUAACUAAAUGGAGGUAUAAUCACGUGAUAAUGGUUCAAAGAAUGAUUGGUUCACUUCAAUUAGGAACCGGAGGCUCUUCCGGUUAUCAAUACUUAAAAUCAACGCUAAGCGAUCGUUAUAAAGUGUUUUUGGAUUUGUUUAAUUUGUCGACAUUUUUAAUACCCAGAAAUUACAUUCCGCCAUUAAAUAAAGAUAUGAAAUUUAAACUUGGAAAUCCUCAAAGUUGA